AUGUGGGUCUGUUUGUUCUGCCUGUCCGUCUACCUGAUCCGAGGUACCUGGUAUCCCGGUGUGGUGUGCCUGUCUGGCACGGCACACCCGGUGAAGGGCAUGCGUCCACAGGGGGAAGGACCGCCCGUGACAGUGCAAGUGGUGAGCCUGGAAAGCUGGCAAGGAAGGUACACUAGUUAG